CAGCAGCAGCAGCAGCAGCAGCAGGGGGAGCAGCAGCAGCAGGGGCAGGGGGCGGGGCCGGCGGCGAGAGUCCCGGCGCAGAGGAAGCAGCAGCAACUGCAGCAGGAGGCUCGGUGCUGCUGCAAGCUGCUGCUGCUGAAUUCCUCGAGAAAGUGGAUGUGUGGCCGCUGCUGCUGCUGCACUAUGAGCAGCAGCAAGCUGUUGUGGGGGGGGCUCUCAGCAACUUGAAGCCCGUGCUGCUGCAGCAAAGGCGCGCAGCAGCAAACAGAAGAAGGGAAGUGGGUUUCCGGGAGACUUCUGCUGCAGCAGAGAGGCGCGAGCCGCCUGCAGCAGCAGCUGCAGCAGCAGCACCCGCAGCAGCAGCAGCAACAACAGACAAAGAAGGAGAGACAAUAGAGAAGCGGUUUGCUGCUGCUGCGGCUGCAGCAGCAGCAGCAGCAGCAGACGCGAAGCAACAGAUGCAUACACAGACGAGACCGCGACAGCUGCAGCGGAAACAAACGCUGCAGCAGCAGCAAACGCCACAACAGCAGCAGACGCUGCAGCAGCAACAAACACUGCAGCAGCAGCAGCAAGAGUCCUGA